AUGGCCAUUCAAGCACACAUGUAUCCGAGUAAUGUUAGUUCAUCAUUUUACAACAAUGGUUAUUGCAAUGUUGGGCUCCUUGAGUCCCAAUUCAAUUCCCAACAGAAACAUGAUCAACAACAACAACAACAAUUAGAAGAGCCUUUACAACAGUUACAUAAUGAGAGCUGGCUGAGACAGGUUGAUUCCAAUCUUCUUGUUUAUGAUUCAAAAGCACUAAAUUCUCCUAGCUUUGUUGUUCAACUUGAGAAGCAGUGGGAAGAGAUUGAUCAGUACAUCAGAUUUCAGAAUGAGAAAUUGAGAUUCAUGCUACAAGAGCAGCACAAGCAACAAGUGGCAGCAUUAUUGAAAAUAGUGGAAUCUCGUUCACUUUAUAUCCUGAAGCAAAAAGACGAAGAAAUUGAACAAGUGGCAAGGAAAAUGGCAGAGUUGGAAGAUUUCUUAAGAAGGCUUGAGAUGGAGAAUAAAGAGUGGAAGAAGGUGGCUCAGGAAAAGGAAGCAAUGGUAUCAUGGCUCAAUAAAACUCUGGAGGAGAUGAGAGAAAGAGUGGCAAAUGAUGCAGAAUCAUGCUGUGAUGAAAGGAGUGGAAAAGAGUUGGAAGAAGAAGGAAUAGCAGAAUAUAGCGGGGCACAGGUAAUGCUUUGUAAAAGCUGUCAUUCUCGGAGAUCGUGUUUUCUAUUCCUCCCAUGCAGACACCUUUGUUCAUGCAAAGCUUGUGAUGCAUUCCUCGAGGCUUGCCCUGUCUGCAGAAUGCCAAAGAAAGCUAGCAUAGAGACUUUGAUUUUCUAG